AUGGGUCGUGAUUCAACAUCGGCUUCGGCUCCGGCGCGGCACUGGAUCAUGGGCAGCGAGGCGUUCAACGCCAGGAUGAAACACCACGACGGCAUCAAGGCCCUGUGGGAGACCAAGUGGAAGUUCCCUUGCACCAAGAGCCUCUACCCUUUCCACGACGGCAAGUACGAGGACUUUCUCCCCGUGUUUGAGGAGCUGAUCGAGAAAAACAUCUCCGACGGCACCUCGCCGGCCUACACGCGGGCGUUUUUUCCCGCCGCAGAGUCACUCACGGCGCAGGGCGACGCGGCGCUCGCGGCCGGCCACGACGCCGCCGCCAGCGCCCUGUACCUGCGGGCGUGCGCCGUGUACCGCAUCGCGCGCUUUCCGUACAUCACAGCCUACCCGUCCGUCAGCUGUGCGGUCAAGUGGUCGGCGUGGGAGGCGCAGAAGGCGGCGUACAUGAAAGCCGCGCGCACGUGGGCGGUGCCGGUGGACGAGGUGGCGGUGCCGUUCGCGCACGCCAGCGGGCGCGACCGGACAGACGCCGGGAUCCCCGUGUACGUGCGGGCGCCUCCGACUGACCAGAAAUCGCCUGCCGUGAUCCUCAUGACGGGGCUCGACGGCUACCGGCCCGACAACACGGUGCGGUGCGACGAGUUCCUCGCGCGCGGCUGGGCAUCCGUCGUUGUCGAGAUCCCCGGGACGGCCGACUGUCCCGGCGACCCGGCCGACCCCGCCAGCCCCGACCGCCUGUGGACAAGUCUGCUGCGGUGGAUGGCGGCCGACGGCCGCUUCGACAUGCGCCGCGUCAUGGUGUGGGGCCUGAGCUCGGGCGGCUACUAUGCCGUGCGCGCGGCGCACACGCACCGCGCCCAGCUCGCGGGGUGCGUGGCCCAGGGCGCGGGCGUGCAUUAUUUCUAUGACCGCGACUGGCUGGACAAGGCUGACGGGCAUGAGUAUCCUUUCCAGUUGACGCCCGCCAUGGCCAUGAAGCACGGCUACGCUUCCGCCGACGAGUACAAGGCGGGUGUGCAGAAGAAGUUCUCGCUCCUCGAGACGGGCAUCGUCCACCAGCCGUCGACGCGGCUGAUGCUGGUUAACGGCACCCUGGACGGCCUCAUGCCAAUCGAGGAUUCGAUGCUGCUGUUCGAGCACGGCUCGCCCAAGGAGGCGCGCUUCUUCACGGGCGCUCUGCAUAUGGGGUACCCGCUCGCCAACGGAUCUGUGUAUCCGUGGAUGGAGAGCGUCAUGGACUCUGUGAAAUGA